AUGUCAUGGAAAGGGCAUUUUGACCAAGGCGUUAAGGCGUUCCGAUCCUCCAACUUGGAAGACGCACUAGAUCACUUCACAAAGGCUAUUGAAGCGGGAGGAAAUCAUUAUAAUCUCUACGACUCCCGCGCAGCGGUCUUGGAGAAGCUAGGCCGGACGAAAGACGCGCUUAGGGAUGCCAAGGCUACAAUCGAUGCAGGCCCGUCUCAAUGGCAGGGUUACGCGCGGUCGUCGAGACUUUUCUUCAAACUGCAGAAGUAUACGCCUGCUGUGACUAUGGCUGAUUUGGCUCUCGAGAGGCUAAAAGAAGGGGAUCAAAAACGUGCGGAAGACUUGCGUCUCAUCAAAGGGAAUGCUGGAGCUGCUCAGGCUGCUCUUGCUCGGGAGAAAAAGAAACAACAUGCAGCAACUUUCUACCAUUUUGGUAAACUUCCGGUGGAGAUCAUCGGCACUAUAUUCUCCUUAUCUGUCGAGGAGGACUCUGCCCGUGUCAUUGUCUUGUCACAUGUCUGCCAGCAUUGGCGAGACAUCUCGCUGAAGACUCCGACUCUCUGGAGUACCUUGGUCCUCUCGCGCAAGCGUCCUGGCAAGAAGGCAAUGCUGUGGGAUGCCCGCUCAGCUGGAAUGGUCAAGGACUUGAGCAUAAGAAAGGAUUUCAGUGACACCGACCUAGCGCCAAACUUACCGCGCUGGAGUUUCCUACGGAGUUUCCGGACCUCAUCGUCACUGUUGGGCUUCCACCAUAUAUUGCAUCCACUCAAUGCCCGCGAGCAGGAACACUUGCUCCGGAACAUACAGGAGAUAGCCUGUGAAGCUGGAGACCCAAGCAGUCUUUCCAGUCACCCAAUGCCAGCACUACGGCGUCUGGAAGUCCGUUCGAUCUCCUUCGAUUGGAAUGCAUUCUCUGUCCAAGUAUCCUCCCUCCGUGAAUUAAUUGCGUAUGAUUGUCCUUUAUUUAUGGACGGGGUGCUGUCCUGUUUACGGGCCAAUCCCAUGCUCGAGACUCUAUCGUUUGCCGGAGGCUUGACCGAACAUAUGCUCAUGGGUAUCAGACAAGACGACGAUGUCAUCCCCUUGGCCUUACCACAUCUCCGAUCCCUGGAACUGGCCCAUUGUAGUGUCUGGUCAGACUUCCUAAUCUCUAUGAUAUCACUCCCUUGUCUCGAGACUUUGACACUCACCGCACUGCGUGGUCGUCAAGAUCCCAGUCUACAGAAACUUAUACAUGAUGGCGUGCAACAUCUUACGGAGUUCAGGAUGCAGAAAUGCAGUGUAUCUCCAUCUACUAUUCUCAAACUUCUCCGUGCUGCCGAUGCGCUCGAGACACUCGAGGUGUCUCAUAUAGGAGGGGAUGCUACCGCUCGCAUGGGUGGAGACAUAAACGAUAUUGUCGAAGCCCUUGCUGCCCAACCUCCGGCUGGGUCGACGCCACUAUGCCCUUCAUUACAGCACCUAAAUGUUUCACACUGUCCCGCUAUCAAGACAGGGCCACUUGUCCGCCUUGUCAAGUCACGUUUGACAGAUGGACAGAGCGCUACGACGGCGGUUGACUCGGAGCAGGUCGAGAAUUCUGUCCGACGUGUCAAGCCGCUGCAAUCUCUGGUAAUGGAUGGAUGUCCACUAAUCGAGGCGGAAGCAUUACCCUGGCUCAGAAGCAAAGUACCUCUUGUGAGUUGUGUCUAUAUGACGAAGAAGGCCGCGCAAUACAAGCGAUGA